AUGAGAGGAAAAGACGAGUUACCGUUUUUAAUCUUAGGAGUGCUGUUGUAUACCGGUGAUGUGAUCUCCGAUAGCUUUGUCGCCUAUCAGUAUUACAAAAGGGAUCAAUGGUGGUGGUUUGGCUUGACGUUGACUUUUGUAAUUGUUCCUUUUGUUGUUAUCAAUAUUGCAGCUCUCAUCCAAACUAAGAUUUUCUCUUCUGAUGAAAACGAUCCACCACGCGAGGGUCGAUGUUUAAAUUUAAUGUGUCGCAGUUUGUUUUAUUUUGGCUUGCCUAUUAUUUUUCGCUAUUUGGAAGAAUAUUGGCAAUGGAAAUCCGCAUAUUGUGAAAAUUUACCGUGCAGCCGGGAAAACUGCGAAGAUAGUGACUGUGAAAGUUGCAAGUCACAUCAUAAGCAGAAGCGCAAGUUAGCCAAGUCAGCAUAUAAAUUAGCCUGGUUACGCCAUAUUGAGACAGUAACUGAAUCUAUCCCGCAAUGGUGUCUUCAAGUUUACAUCAUGUUACGUCAGUGGUAUUUCCCGUGGUACACUUUGGUUUCAAUUGUAGUUUCACUGUUAUCCUCAGCUUGGAGUAUCACAGCACUUGAAAAAGCACGACACAAAAAGAACGCGCCAAAUGAAUUAAAAUGUAUUUCUAAAGUUGUGUUAUGGAAUGCAAUGUGUUAUGGAUGGCAAAUGUUUGCUUUGACGUCCAGAUUAUCUGCGAUUGUUUUCUGUGCUUAUGUGUUGAGAUUUUACGUGGUUGUUUUCAUUGCAGCGCAUUUUCUUAUAGCCACACUGUAUCACGAUUUAUGGUUUGGUAAUGGAUUUGGAUGUUUAGACCUGGGUUGGUUUUUAGUUAUACACUAUUGCCUUUUUUUCCACGUCUCCGAGUCUUUACUGUGCAAAUUUCACAAACAGGAUAACUCCGAAAAUCAGCACAAUUUUCAAGAUGUGGCGCGCCUGCGAUCUGGGACCCUGAAGAUAAACAUUUCUCUUGCUUUUCGGAAUAUAUUAAUGCUGAUUAUAUCCGUUAUGGUUUCAGAGCCUGAUAUGCCACACAUUGACGAAAUUAAACGAAUUGUAAUACCAUCUGUACCAAUAGUAGGACUAUUCGGAGUCCUGUUUUGUAUUGGAUACUUCAUAUGCGAUUCCAUUUCCAGGGCACAAGUUAGCCCAACAGACGCAAUUCCUGAGCCUAAUCCAGCUGUGCAGGUGGAAAACAGAGAUGUUUAG